UGAAUGCCAAAGCCGGGGAGUUCGCACACGCUCUCACCCAGCCGGGCGCGCGCAGAGAGAUGCUGGUCGGCGACAAGGACUCGCGGCGUAUAAAAAGACAUCUUCGCCGGAGACCAGCCACAGUUGCCAUCAGUGACUCGAGCCGCGAGCAUCUCAGUUCUUUUGUCGAUCGGAAAGUGAACCCAAGAAGAGAAUCACCAUGAAAAUUAUCUUUGUGACCCUGUUGGUGUUUCUGGUGGCCUUCGCCCUCGUGUCCGCCGUGCCAAUUGACGAGACAGUGGUCGGGGAUGUGUACGAGGCCGACAACUUCAAUCCCCAGGAUCCCAACUCCUUCUUCAAGCUCAAGAAGCUCAAGAAGCUGCUCCUCCUCGGCUGAGCGCAGCACCCACU